AUGGAUCAAAUAGAUCAAUAUACUGCAGCUAACAUGUUGCAAGUGCCUCCUCGACAAUCUUUAGAUGGGUACAAGCACGUGGUUGAUGUGGAAUAUUGUCCCCCAGUUCCUUCUGAUGGCCCUAAAUUUCCUCCUAAAGCAGUGAAAGCAAAGGAGGCCGCACAAAAUGUUCCCAAUACACAGAAUACUGUGGAAUAUCAUGAAAUUGUUGAAGAUGAGAUGAUUCGGGGAUUACAGCUGUUGGGAUGGAAAAAAGUUGAUGUCAGCUUUCACUCAGCAUUCUGGCCUUUCUUUGCUCAUAACAACAUUCAUGUGAAAAAUGAAUGGCUUCACAAUGCUGGUGUAGGAGUAAUUGCUCAUGUGGCUGACAGCUUAAAACAGCAAGAAGCAUCAUCAAUUUUGUCCGCUAGCUUCACUCUCCUCGUGCGCGUGGAGAUGCCCCCUCGCCCACGACCAACUCGUGCCGUCGUGCCAUGUCUCUCCACAACAAACCCUUCUUCUCUCAUCAACUUGCGAAUACUCCCGACACACAAAUUUCUAGAGCGAGAAAGUGAGAGGAGAGAGAAAGUUGCAGAUUGCAGAUCCUCCAUGGCCUCCACCAAGGAACGUGAAAACUUCGUCUAUGUUGCCAAGCUUGCCGAACAGGCGGAACGCUAUGAAG